CAGCCCAUCUUCCGCCGCACGCUGCGUGCGGGGAGCGCGGCCGAGGCCGGGGGAUCCGUGUGGAUAGCAGCGCGGGCAGCCAUGGAAGAACUCACGGCUUUUGUAUCCAAAUCUUUCGACCAGAAAAGCAAAGAGAGCGGCGGCGGCGGCGGCGGCGGCAACAAGAAGGAGACCAUCACGUACCGGGAAGUUUUGGAGAGUGGGUUGGCUCGCUCCAGGGAGCUUGGGAACUCCGACUCGGCGCUGCCGGACAUGACCGAGGGCAGCAAUCAUUGCCCCGUGCACCUUUUCAAGGACCACGUAGAAAGCGACAAGGACAAGCUGAAGGAGUUUGCCGCGGGCAGGACGGCGGAAGGGAUCUACGAGUGCAAGGAGAAGCGGGAGGACGUGAAGUCGGAGGAUGAGGACGGCCAGACCAAGCUGAAACAAAGGAGAAGCAGAACCAAUUUCACACUAGAGCAGCUGAACGAGCUGGAAAGACUUUUUGAUGAGACUCACUACCCGGAUGCCUUCAUGCGGGAGGAACUAAGCCAGAGGCUGGGACUUUCUGAAGCUAGGGUGCAGGUCUGGUUCCAGAACAGGAGAGCCAAGUGCCGAAAGCAGGAGAACCAGAUGCACAAAGGUGUGAUCCUGGGCACCGCCAGCCACUUAGACGCCUGCAGAGUGGCCCCGUACGUCAACAUGGGAGCCCUGAGGAUGCCUUUCCAACAGGUCCAGGCGCAGCUGCAGCUGGAGGGCGUGGCCCACGCGCACCCGCACCUGCACCCGCACCUGGCGGCCCACGCUCCCUACCUGAUGUUCCCACCGCCGCCCUUCGGGUUGCCCAUCGCCUCCCUGGCGGAGUCCGCCUCCGCCGCCGCCGUGGUGGCCGCCGCCGCCAAGAGCAACAGCAAGAACUCCAGCAUCGCCGACCUGCGGCUGAAGGCCCGCAAGCACGCCGAGGCCCUGGGGCUCUGACACGCUCCGGCCGCCCGGCCCCACGCCGC